GUGCUCGACGGGAGCAUUGACGGCUAUUCUUGCUUGUGGCGAUCUGAAGAAGUGUGGAAUCUUCAGAAACGUGGACAAAAAUUCCACAACUGGUUUUCCAAACUGCAGGAACAACAGGGUUCUCAGCUCGCAGAAGCUUGGAAAGUCCAGAUCGCCCUUCACUUUAUCCGCCGAGAGGACUACAAAGGAAGGUCUUCGGAUGAUCUCGCCAUCAAGUUCCGCAGAUCCGAUGCAGAGUAUGAAAUCAUGAUGGAGCAGUUGACUGCUUAUCUGACAACAUGUGCUGAGCUACUCGAGUACUGCCUGUACCUUCGCAGCUUCCCCGCUUUGGCUGCUGGUCUCCUAGCAGAAAAUGUGGACGAGCAUGCACGCAGUCGCAUCCUGCAGGAGGCGAAGAAGGAGUGGGCUGCUGUCAAAGCAUUGGAGCUCUCCAGUGCAGGACAGCAGCUUCUGAGGCAGUCCGUCAUGCACACGGGUUUUCAGAACUAUAGGGAGGUGAUGCUGACGAUGGAAGAGAGCAGCUUCGCAUGGACCGAGACGGUGCAAGAAGUUGUUCGAGCAUGGCACCCUCCUUUUAGCCAGUCGGCCAAUCUGGAGUCCGUCUUCAGAGAAAUGGAACACAGCAUCAAGAAGAGUGGGGGGCCUCCCCAGGAUGGAAGCAUGGCGAACCUCGCCUGUGUGGCCACGCGGGCCCUCAUGAGGCGAAUCUGUCAUGAAAAAGAAAGCCCGGCAACCACAGCCCUUGAAGAGAAGGACUGGCAAGGCAAAGCAGUCAGAGGCCUGAAGCAGAAGAUGUGGAGACCGAGUGCAGCAAGCCCUAGCUGCUUGGUCCAUGGUUCUGUUUCUGGUUGUGCUUUCAUCAGCAUGACCUUUUAG